CCCAAAUGGACUGUGGAGAGAGUGAGUGUGUGUGGAGGAGAGGGGGAGGAAACCAGCUAAAGAGAAGGAGAAAUAACAGAAGAUUUCAAACAGGGUUUGGUUUCAGAAGAUUUGUUGUAGCAAGGAUCCACCAAAAUGGCUUUCUUGUUGAUGUCAGUUACUGUUCUGCAUUUGGUCACUCUGGCGAUGCUUUUCAUUGCCACAAUGGAAAAGUCCUGGUGGUCUUGGGCAGACAUUGAAAAUACAGAUCUCUGGUAUAAAUGUAUGUUUGACAACAGCACAGAAACCUGGCUGUGUUCAUCUGCCAAUGAGAGCGAAUGGCUUCAGUCAGUACAAGCGCUAAUGAUAUUGUCUGUUGUCCUCUCCUCCAUCUCCUUCAUGGUGUUCCUCGGUCAGCUCUUUACCAUGUCCAAAGGAGGACUUUUCUACUUAACUGGACUGUGUCAAAUUUUUGCAGGUUUUGCAGCAUUUGCGGCUGUACUUAUCUACACUUUUCAAAGGAAAGAGAUUCUUCAAGAUUCUCGUGAACUGGAAAAGGGUCAUUUCGGCUACUGUUACAUCCUAGCCUGGGUGUGCGUGCCUCUCUUGCUUGUUAGUGGCUCACUUUAUGUCCAUCUGCGCAAAAAGGCCUGAUUGUCAAUUAAAGUUGUAUGCAGCAUGGGUACUUAUACUGUCGAUAUUAUAUGCUUAAACUCUAGCUAUUAUAAUAUGGCUUGCUGUUCUGUUUAAUUUAUUAUCCCGGACCAAAUUCCUGACACCUGCUUUAAUGCUUUUUAGGUAAACAAAUGAGAGGGUCCUCGCUGCAGACUGUAGCGCGAUGACGUAGUGGAUCUAAUCCUCUGCCUAGUUUGCAAAAGUGAAAUGAAAGUGAAUCUGGAGCGCUUUAAAAAUGAGGCGCUCAGCACAGGGAACCGAAUGGAGCACAUCUGUUACUCUGAGCACGGGAUGGAGUUGCGGAGCACAGAACUGCUCUGAAUACACAGUAAUAAUGCUUAUACACAAUACAGACAGGACAGAGCAGCAUGCAUACACUUUGAAGCGAACAGCUUGAUUUGUCUAUUAAUUUAAUUAAAUCGUCGUAGCCCUUUGCGGUUUAAUAAUCGCACAAUGUCAUACCGCGAUUUUAAUUUAAUUAACUGUACAGCCCUAAUAUAUACAUGUGUUUGUGUGUGUGUUAUAUGAAUAUAUAAUGUAUUCAUGUUAAGUACGCUACCCUAAUAAAACAAAACAUUAAAAUGUGAAUACGCAUGCGCAUUAAAACAUCCACUACGUCACUAAAAUUCUAUAUGCAUGGGAUUAGAUCCACUACGUCAUCGCGCUACAAUCUGCAGCGAGGAGUACUUGGAGAAAGCAAGCAUCAAGUUGCAACAAUAGCUGCUGUAUUUUCCCAUUGUGGGAAACUGCUGCUUUAAAACUCAAGCUGAUAAUUAAAUGGGAUUGUGUCUAUGAGCAUUCUUUUUAGAGUAUGUACUGGAAUUAAUGAAGAACUUACUUCUUACUAUAUAGCAGGGAAGUAGGCAUAAUUGUAUGAGGGGUUAUCUUAAAUGUAUUUGUGCAAAGAAAGCUGGAUUAUAAAAAACCAUUGAUUGACACGAUCAAUGUCACAGUGGUUGGGUCACUUUCACUUGGAUCACUAGUUUAAAUGUCCCAAAUGAAAAUGUUAGAACUGGAAACACAAAACCUCAGACACAUCCUUUUUUAUCACAAUAUUAAAACUGGGCACUCAUUGUAUUAUUCUGUUAUAACCAGGCCUCGAGUUGAGGGGGGAUGGAGGACAUGGCAUCCCCCUUGUAACCAAUGCUGACAGUGGAAUAUUAAAUUAUAUUGAUAUUAGAGGCUGCCAAAAUCGGUUACCCCUCUUUAAUUUCAACUAAGUGUGUCUAAUGAUCCCCAAACUCAUUCAGGUGAUGUCUAAUUCUAGACUCUUCUGUGUUAUCCUCUUAAAGAUUUAUUCCUGUGGUAUAUGACCAUGUUUAGACAGAAGGUCAUCAGGAAACUGACACUGACAUUGACAGCCCUCAUUAUGUUACAGCUGACAUCGUCAGGAGACGCCCUGGUAAAUGAGCUUGAGUAAUAUAAAACAGGUCGGAAAAGUGCACAACUGCUCAGAUGCCAAUGGCAUUAAGCAUACAAGAGAGCACUUGGCACCCUAAUGGGGGGCGCUUAUGGCAUCAACAAUACAGCUGAAAUUUCUCAGCUGAUUUUUAUUUUACAUUUGUACAUUGUACCUUUGCUUAUUCCUGCUAAGAAUUUGUAACCAAUAAAAUAAGCUUUUAUUGUU